AUGAAGAGCAAGGCCUCUGCACUCCUGAAGCAGGUUGUCUCCCUGCUGGUAUCCAUCGUCAAGGCCAAGUCGGCGGCCGUCAAGACAAAGACGAGAGCGCUCAAGACGCGGCUACUCAUCUUCGGCCUUCUCCACAACCACAAGGUCCUCAGCGUCAUCACGCACAAAAUCAGCGCACUCGUGGGCCACGAAAAGGACGAUGCGGCCGCCACCGCCGCCUUUGCGAUGGUUCAACGUGAAGCAGAAGGGUUAGAGACGCUGCAGGAUCUGGACGCCGGCGGCGGCGGAGAGGCGGUGGAAGAAGAGGAUGACGGGUACCCAGACCUCCGGCACUCCCUCUUCGACGAUGACGACGGCAGCGGGUCCGUGGUGGAGCUGGUGAAGAGCACCAGGGGGGAGAAUGAAGGGGAGUUCGUUCUUGAGGACGAGAUCGAUCACGUGGCGGAGGUAUUCAUCAGGAGAUUCCACAGGCAGAUGAGGCUCCAGAGGCUCGAGUCUCUCAAGAGGAACCAGGAGAUGCUCCAAAUGACAGCUUAG